CCGUCAUGUGGUUGCACCGCGUCCCCGCCGCCAUCGCGGCCCUUCGGGGCUACGGCACCGCGGGGAGGCGGCUGCUGCUGCGGCAGCUCUUCGAGCCUUCCUCCUCCUCCUUCACGUAUGUGCUGGCGGACGCGGGCUCGGGUGACGCUGUCAUCAUCGACCCCGUGCUGGAGACGGUGCCCAGGGACACGCGGCUGCUGCGGGAGCUGGGGCUCAGCCUGCGCUACGCAGUGAACACCCACUGCCACGCGGAUCACGUGACCGGGUCUGGUGCGCUGCGCGCGGCGCUGGGGUGCCGCAGCGCCAUUUCGCGGGAGAGCGGCGCAAGCGCGGACGUGCUCCUGCGCGAUGGGGACGAGCUGCGCUUCGGAGCCUUCGCGCUGCAGGCACGUGCCAGCCCCGGGCACACGGCCGGGUGCUUGACGCUGGUGCUGGACGAUGAAUCCAUGGCGUUCACCGGGGACGCGCUGCUCAUCCGGGGCUGCGGCCGCACCGACUUCCAGCAGGGCUGUGCCCGCACCCUGUACCGCUCCGUGCAUGAGAAGAUCUUCACCCUCCCCGAUGAGUGCCUGGUCUACCCCGCGCACGACUACAAUGGGCACACGGUGUCCACGGUGGGGGAGGAGCGGCGCCUGAACCCCCGCCUCACGCUGAGCCCCGACGCCUUCGUUGCCCUCAUGGAGGGGCUGCAGCUGCCCCGCCCCCGACGCAUGGACGAGGCUGUUCCAGCCAAUCUCCGCUGCGGGAUCCAGGAUGAGCCUGUUUAGCCCCGCCCCC